AUGUUAAGUUCAACAACUGAUUUACCGACAUGGGCACAACUUACUGAAUUCUUAGAGAGUAGAUUCCGCAGUAUUGAAAUGAUUGACCCUUGCAAACAAUUUGUGAAGUCUUCAGUUUCUAACAAGAUAAACCAAUUUUCAAAACCCAAAGCAUUUCAUUCAGCAGUGCAAGAGGUUACCAAAUCCUCAAAUAAUAAUUGUGCUUUAUGUAACGGGUCACAUUACAUAUAUCACUGCCAGAAGUUUGAGCAAAAACCAAUAAAAGAGAGAAUUGAUUUCGUACAGCAUAAAAGACUAUGUUUUAACUGUAUGUGUCCAAAUCACAUAGUAAAUAAAUGUCGUCAAAAUACGAGCUGCAGGAAGUGUGGCAAGAAACAUCAUACGAUGCUACAUAUUGAGAAGGAUGGGUCUAUACACCAAGAGAGUAACACUAACGAGGGAGAAAUACACAUACAAAAGAGUGACAAGAGUAACACUGAGACAAGAAUUGUGGCUCACUUUGCGCAAGGACUACAGAGUCAUAAUGUACUAUUGGCCACAGCUAUUAUUAACGCACACUCUACAACUGGAGAAAAAUAUCACAUACGCGCGCUACUGGAUCAAGGAUCACAAGCGUCUUUUAUAAGCGAAUCGACUGUACAAUUACUUAAUCUUAAACGAAUACCAGUAAGUGGUGUGGUGUCAGGCUUGGGAGACGGGCAAACAAGAAUUAAAUAUUCGGUUUCGUUAUUAUUAGAGUCACGCUAUAAUCCAAAUGCUAAAUACCGUGUAAAUGCGUACGUUUUAGGAGUACUAACGUCGUUACUUCCAGGGGACAAACUAUGCGCUCCUAAAUGGGUACACUUGGAGCAACUUCAGUUAGCCGAUCCAGGUUACGCCACACCAGGGAAAAUAGAUAUCCUUUUAGGCGCAGAUGUUUACAGUGAGAUUUUACAAAAUAAUAUGGUGAAACACCCAGAGGGCAAUUUAAUUGCACAACUUACGGCUUUCGGAUGGUGUAAAACAUUUGCGAGGUUCGAAGGAAAGCGUUCCGUGUUAAGUGCAUCGACUCACCGUGAUCAGGGAGGCGUGAAACGGUACAUCAUAAAGGAACAUCGAUCACUCGAAGUG